AUGCAGUCGGUGUGCUUCAAAAUUUCAAUGAUGACACCUGUUAUACUGUUAUUACCUUACGACAUCCAUAUGUCAAUUCUUAUGAGUUCAACUAUAGAGCUCGUAUAUAGUCACACACAUCAUAUUAUUGAACAAGUAUAUCAGUUUGAGACCGAUGUGGAUACAAUGACGCGCACGUCAAGAGAAAUAGAAGAUGGAGGUAUCGAGUCCUAA